AUGACUGAACACGUCAACGGUGCCUCUUCGUCCUCGGGCCAGAAGGUUCACAAGGUCGUUAUUAUCGGCUCUGGUCCCGCUGGUCACACUGCUGCCAUCUACUUGGCGCGAGCCAACCUCGAGCCCGUUCUUUUCGAGGGGAUGCUUGCCAACGGUCUUGCACCAGGAGGGCAGCUUACCACCACAACCGAUGUCGAGAACUUCCCUGGUUUCCCCGAUGGCAUCCGUGGUCCUGAGAUCAUGGAUAAGUUCCGUGCCCAGUCGGUUCGCUUCGGUACCGAGAUUCACACCGAGACCAUCUCCAGGGUCGACCUUUCCUCCCGUCCAUUCAAGUUCUGGCGUGAGUUCAAUGAGGACCAGCCUCCCGAGCUCACCGAGACCCUCAUCAUUGCUACUGGUGCCAGUGCUAAGCGCAUGCACUUGCCCGGUGAGGAGACCUACUGGCAGAGCGGUAUCUCGGCAUGUGCCGUUUGUGACGGUGCCGUCCCCAUCUUCCGCAACAAGCCUCUCGUAGUUGUCGGUGGUGGUGACAGUGCCGCUGAGGAGGCCAUGUACCUCACCAAGUACGCUUCGCAUGUUCACGUCCUUGUCCGAAGAGACGAGCUCCGAGCAUCCAAGAUCAUGGCUAAGCGACUCUUGGCGCAUCCCAAGGUGACUGUUCACUUCAACACUCAGCCCGCCGAGUGCAAGGGUGAUGGUGAGCUGCUCAAAGCUGUUCGUGUCAAGGACACCAAGACUGGCGAGGAGCGUGACAUGGACGCCAACGGUCUUUUCUAUGCUAUCGGUCACUUGCCUGCCACUUCGCUCGUCAAGAGUCAGGUCGAGCUCGACAGCGACGGAUACAUCAUCACCACACCAGGCACUGCUCAGACUUCGGUCAAGGGUGUUUUUGCUGCUGGUGACGUUGCUGACAAGAAGUACCGACAGGCUAUCACUUCGGCAGGUACUGGAUGCAUUGCUGCGCUCGAGGCUGAGCGUCUGCUGGCUGAGGAGGAGAUUCUUGACCCUGUCGAUGCCGCUGCUGCCAACCACUACACCGGCACUGACAAGGAGUAA